GCGCGGGGGGUAGGCUGGUCCAGAGCUUCCUGCGCUACUUCAGAUGGUCCGCCAACAAAUAGCCCGCCAGGAAGAAAGCGGGAAGAAGGGAGUCUUUUCUGGCAAGGAGGGAAGGAAAUCCCCCUCAGAGGCGGAGAGCAGGAGAGUCGCCAGCGCAGCCUCCGGCCACCAGGGGCAGCUCCGUCCCGCCAAAAGCACCUCGGCCGAGCCGGUCGCAGACGCCGGGGGAGAACAAACAGAAAACGAAGCGCUUUCCUCGCCGGUCGGAAGGCGGGCGCGGCGGCCAAGUAUGACCCCUCCGACUUUCCGUUUCUCUUUCCCGCCGCUUGCCUCCAGCCACCGAGCAGCUGCCUCAGGCAUCUAAUUUUCUUUUUAAAAUAAAUCAGCGGUGUGAUGUAAAACUAAAAGAGUGGCAAACAGCAAGAACUGCAUAAAGACAAGUGAAACACUCAAAACAGAAAACACAAGAUGAGCACAUCUGGAGGAACUUGUGGAAGUCCAAACUCCACAGAACCUGCUCCUGAUUACUUCAAGGAAUUGUGGUCCAAAUUGAAGGAAUGCCAUGAUAAAGAAGUAAAAGGAUUACUGGCAAAGAUCACCAAGCUGAAAACAGAAAGGUGUUUAAAACACAUGCGCAGAAUAGCUAUAAUUUUGUUGUACUAUGCUACCACUUCCCUCUUCCAUCAAGCACCAUCCUUCACCUCUGUCAAAUUCAUGUUACUUAUAGUGGAAGCCAAUGGAACUGUGACCAUGGAUGCAGAAAGACUCGAAGAGUUUUACACCAAAAACCAGCAGCUUAGAGAGCAACAAAAAUCAUUGCAUGAAACGAUUACAGUUUUAGAAGAUCGGUUAAGGGCAGGAUUAUGUGAUCGUUGUGCAGUAACUGAAGAGCAUAUGAAGAAAAAACAGCAGGAAUUUGAAAAUAUUCGGCAACAGAACCUCAAGUUGAUUACAGAACUGAUGAAUGAAAGAAACAAUUUACAGGAUGAAAAUAAAAAGAUUUCUGAACAGCUUCAGAAGAUGCAAGAGAAGAUAGAGGAGCAAGAGCAAUACAUGGAAGAGUUUGUUCCAGAUUCACCUGUUCAGUCACUUUCAAUGGUUAAUCAACUGCGCCGAAAACGGGAGAAUAGACAUGUCCAGUACACAGAACAAAAGGGUCCAGAUUUGGAACAGACAGGAAGACCUCACAAGCUUGGGAAGAUCCCUCUUUCAUCCACACAAAGGGAUGUCUGUCCUGAAGAAGAAGUAUUAGUGUCUGAUACCUGCGACCCACAGCUCUCCCCAGUAUCACGUAAAUUUAAUGAAAAAAUAGCAGGAGAGCGCACUGCUACAAGAUCACCAUUUGCCUUGGCAGUUGUUGUUGCAGAAACACUUGGACUUGAUGAGCCUGAACCUCGGAAUAAAGCACAGGGAGAUUUCAGAAAACAGUUGGUUCAUGUGUUUCCUAAAAGUAAUGGUGACAACUUGGAAUUUUCAGAUCCACCUGAGGACGCUUCUCCACUUACAGACUGGGAUUCUAAGGUACCUUCUCCUGUUUUUGGAGCCUCUGCAAAUGUGAAGAAGAGCAGCUUGGGCCACAGUACAAGUCUUUCCUCUUCUGUGUUAGCAACAGGACGUAAGUCAAAUCUGAAAAACAACUCCAUCAACAAUUCUUCCUAUUCUAGAUCUGAGAAAGUGAAAUCAGUAUCUGAAGAUGUUGCUUUUGUUGUACCGCUUAACCCUGGGACUGAAAUAACCUCUGUUAUCAGCCAGGCUCCAGCCGGUAAGCAAGUGGUUCUGAAACAGAAUGCAGAUGAGCCCAUAACAUGUGUGACCAACACACAUUUAGAUAAAGAUGAGACAGGCAAGAGUGACUUCCUUCUCCCAUCACAGAAACAAUUAGGCAGCCGAUGCCCUAAAAGGAAGAAACCUGAUGAAAGGAGUUCGCAUGUGAUCAGCUCUGAAAAAGAAAAUGCCUUCCCUUCCCAUGCAGACAAUCCUCCUAUCAAUAGAGAUAAAAUAACUGAUAAGCCUUUAGAUUUAUCUGAUCGCUUUUCGGGUUUUCGCUGUCAAGAAAAAAGCCAUGUAAGUGCUGAGACCUCCAAAACUAGGCUGAGGCAGGCAACUCUUUGUGAUGUUUUUCAACCACCAGUGAAAGAUUAUUCAUCUAAAACCAUCGUUGGUUAUCUAAUGAGCCAAGAUUCACCAGAGGAUCCCUGUGUACAGGAAGCAUCCCUGGAGAGAGAACCUCAAGUACAGAUAAAAGAAGAGAUCACUUCCUUUUGUAAUCCACCAAACGACGUCCUGGAAUCAGAGCUCUUUGAAGAUAUGGAGGCUGCUGCUGUCCAUAAACCAACAAAUAAGAGGAUAAGGUUACAAACUGCAGUAGGUGAGCCAGCAUCUGUGCUUCAACCAAAUCCUUGCAGAGUGAAAAAAGCCGCAAAUCUGCACAAGGAACAAGAUAAUUCACCCUUGGAAAAUGUGCAGUGGAGCAUAGACCCAGGAGCAGACCUUUCCCAAUACAAAAUGGAUGUUACUCUGAUAGAUGCAAAAGAAGGGAUCCAAACAAGAACUGAAGCAGAGACUGUAGACAUGGACUAUACAUAUGUCAGUGAUAGUAUUCUAGUAAGAAUGAAAAAUCAAGAACAUAAAGAAGUAAACAGUUCAAGAGAGAAAAGAAGAAACGACACCUUUGCAGAAAUAUUUGAUCGGACAUCAUAUGAAGAAUAUGAAUCCUAUCUAGAAGAUGACAAUGCCCUAGGAUGUAACAAUAGGGAGUCUUGUCAGGCGGAAGAGGAAGAAAAGAAGGAAAUGUCAACAGUAAAGAAAAGCUUACAGAGGCAUGGAGACAAACAAGAUAAAACCAAACAGAAGGCUUUUGUGGAAUCAUAUUAUAAAAGUGAUGAAAGAAGGAACACUGUAUUAGAUUUUCCUCACAUUGAGGUGGUCCGUAAAAAAGAAGAAAGGAAAAAAUUACCUGGACACACUUGUAAGGAAUGUGAAAUUUACUAUGCAGAUUUUCCAGAAGAGGAGAGGGAAAAGAAGUUAGCUGCCUGUUCAAGGCAUCGGUCUCGCUAUGUUCCUCCUGAUACACCAGAAAAUUUCUGGGAAGUCGGAUUCCCAUCCACCCAGAAGUGUGUUGAAAGAGGCAAGUUACAUAAAAGAGGAUCUUGCUCCCUGCCAGCGUCCUAAAAGAAGACAGCCUUAUAAUGUGAUGUUUUCUCCAAAAGGCAAGGAACAAAAAACAUAACUUGAGGAAUAACCUUUUACAAAUUGAGAAAUCCUUUCGUUUGUUUCCAUAAAUAUUUAAAGUCAGUGAAAAAAAUAAAUCCAUCUGAAAAUCAUGGUACCUAAACACAACUAUUUAAUGUAUAUAUAUUUUGGGUUUUGUAUAUAUGUUUGUGUCUUGUCCUGAUUUUGCACCUUGUAGUUUGGAGGACCUGUUUUCUGUUCCUUUGGAGUCUGCAGUUCAUCUCCCUACUGGCUACAUUUACAUGGUGUAAGUUGGUGUCACUUUCGGGGGCCAAGCACAUUGCAGCUGCUAACUUCAGGUGUAGGAGAUUCCUGUGAACUUUAGUUGGAACUUUAGAGGGUGCUUCCAUGUUGCACUGGAUAACUUAAAUAAUUUGUAACCACUUUCCUUUUGUAAUAAUUUUUGGAAAAAAAUUAAUAAAAAUGGAUUUUCUUAA